AUGGUUGGAAUGUCGCUUAAUGAACAAAAGAGCAAUCGGAUUUUCCGCCAAAUGAGCGAUGUGCAGGAUGUCAUUGACCGGGUGUUACUGCAGUUGCGCAGUAAAGUAAAAUCCGACUUACAGGGCAUAUUGAUCGUGUUGUCCUGUGGACGUUACGCAUCAGUGAGUGUUGUUCGGCGACAAAGUGAAAGCUCACCUAGCAGUAUGCGAAACGGUGGUGCGCUUUAUCGAUGUGUACUAAAGUAUGCAUAUUAG